AGUGUUUCUCUCUCGCGCGGCAGCGAGAGAGACAGAACGGCCUCAUUGAUCCGCUGCCUCGCGAGGUCUGCUUGUCCAGAUGUGAUUUAGAUCAAGAUCGCCGAAUUGGAAUCACAGUUGAGAGACGGAUCCGGUGCGUGUGAAAUCACAAGUGAAAUUGGAAGUGAAUUCGUGCGGACUCUUGCCGGAGAGCCGCGGUACUCCGGUUCUUCCUAGCGCAGUCGGUGUUGUUUCUUUGGUGAUGAGUAUCUCGCUGGAAACGACGACGGGGUUAACCGAGUGAAUCGACUGAAGAAAUUCCAUCCGGGUGGAAUUUUCCGGGCACACCCGUUUCUUCGCGAAGGCAUGAUGCUGAGAGACCACCGCAGUCGAAGAUCAGAUUCUUAGCUUGCACCAGAGGUCAUUUAAUACUCGAAUCAGUGCCGAUUCUUGUAAGCUCUUCGGACGCACGAAUAGCUAACGAUAUAGCAAGAACGUGAAAAUGCAAUAGCCAAGGAUUAUCUCCAAUACUUCGUUAAGAAGAGUGAAAAAAAGCAUCACAUUUAUUCUAUGUACAGAGAGGCGUCAUUAAAUUGUCAAGUGGUAUUCGGUAAGAAAAUUUGAAAGAGCAAUUUGGUGACAUUUUCAUCGAGAGAGCGUCACGACGAGAGGCGUCGAUAGGGUUUAAGGAGAGCGAGAGAGACGCUCUUUAAGGCGCCUCUAAUAAUAGCAGCACGCUCGCGAGUGUACCAAGCAGUCUAUAAAUACGAUCGCUGGCCCCGUGGAAACACGAGCCCGUAGAUUUCACGGUGCAACCUGUGUGUGGGCAGUAAAAGCGAGACAGGAAGAAAGAACAGCGAGUCGGAAGAAACGGUGAGAUCCGCGGAUGGAAAAAAUCUCUAUCGCGUAUCAAUUUGACGGAAGUGUUUCGAUGGGAAUGAUAUAAUGACUGUGCGAGUUCCACGAGUAUUUUCAUGAAUGGUUGUAAGCCGAUCGUACCAAAACGACAGGUGAGAAUCGUCGGAAACGAAUUGAAGAUCAUCCAGAGAAGAUCGUCCAGAAUGAUUUGAUCUUUCGAUUGGAAUCUGCGAUCUCAUCCUCGGAUUACUUCGCUCGCAAGAACAACAUCCUAGCAAAAACCCGAUUGAAAUCUGAAGGAAGAUAUUCGAAGAGAUUACAGCAUUGUUGGAAUAGCCAUUUUUUUGCUUUUUGAAACAUGAUUAACGCUGGUUCAAAAACAAAAAACAAGAAUCCGCGACUUCGAUCUGUGAACUGACCGUCGGCUCGAAGCUGCGAUCACAAGACUGAAAAGAAUCUCGUUUCGUAGGAUUCUUUUUCCGCUUCCGGCUGCGAUGUUCGCCGAUGUCGACUGGUGAGAGUUGAAAAUAUCGCGCGCUUCACGAGGAUCUUCACGUGAUCCUCGAUCGAAUGAGACCAAUCAGAUCAAUCUGUCGAACGAACAUUCAAGCGCAACAUUGCUGAUCGAUGAGUAAUGCCUUGGAAAGGCAUACAAUCAUCACAGCACGAUCAUCGACAGUUUGUCAAACGGAAUGUAAAAGAGCUUCACAGUGUUUUCUUGCUUCAAGCUUCACGUAACAUAGUGCAACGAAUUUACAUACCCAAUUGUUUAAAUUAAUUGAACAUGGUUUAAUCAAUGACUAUGAGAGAUAACGUUACACGAACAGGCGUUGAGGAAGAUCAAGUGUACGUAGGGAAGGGAAAGAUACAUUUCGCGAUAAUUAAAAGUCAUCACUAGUUAAACUAGUGAUCAAUUUUGACGGGCAACGCAAUAAGUGUGCCAUCGAACUAUUGUCAAUACUUAAAUUAGGCGACUUUAUCAUUGUCUUAUGCGGACUUUUAUCACUUGUCAUCCUCUGAUUCGUGCACAAGUCAGUUAUAGGAUUAACUUAAAGUGGUUUAAUUUAAGUUGGCGACUCGCCGUGUCUUUUUAGACUAUAAUCAUAGAACUUUUUUUAAUUAAAAAAGAGAGCUUUUAUAUAAUCAAUCUAAACUUACGAGAAUCCACAUCGAAUCAACGACGUUGCGCAUCAAAGAUCUCGGGUCGUCGUUGGGCGCGUCGCGCGAUGCUCUCGGUAGGACGUUCCAAGGAUCCGCAGUGAUCCCCGCGAAGGGUUUACCCCGUGAAAAAUGAGCGGCGAGUAAGGGGUAGCUUUCCUUUCGCGUAGCGUCGGAUCGGAGAACCCGUGAGCGGCGACGCGGUUCGUCGCGGUCGCAAACGCGAAGCGGGUAGGACGAUCGUGUCACAACGGUGGAGGGCGGCGGUACCGUGCGGGGGGUCGUCGUGGACCCCGGAGAUGACGCAGCCAUGAUGGCCUACGGGGGCACCGCUGGUAACGGGGGCGCGAUGGGCCCGACGUCCGGCGGCGGCGGCGGUGGUAGUGCGGACGUCCUGGGUACCGCUGCCGGCGACUACAGCCCUCAGAGCACCCCCACACCCUUGACCGGACACUCGACGACGGCCGGCACGGUGGAGAAUGCUUACACCCCCGGCGCGACCGGGGCGGCCAGCUACAGCCCCCAGGAUAGCCCGGCGAGCUCUGCCGGAGGCAGCGGUAACGGCCAGCUGCCGAGUUUCGGUUUCACGCAGGAUCAAGUGGCGUGUGUCUGCGAGGCGAUGGUGUCGAAUGUCCAGGUUCUUCAGCAGGCAGGCUCCGUGGAGAGGCUCAGCCGAUUUCUAUGGUCUCUGCCGGCGUGCACCAGGUUGCACCGGCACGAGAGCGUGCUCAAGGCCAAGGCGAUCGUCGCCUUCCAUCGGGGCCAAUUUAAGGAACUCUACAGGAUCCUGGAGAGCCACACCUUCAACCCGAACAAUCAUCCGAAGUUGCAGGCUCUCUGGCUCAAGGCCCACUACAUCGAAGCCGAGAGGCUGCGCGGGAGGCCCCUCGGCGCAGUUGGAAAGUACCGGGUGCGUCGUAAGUUUCCGCUACCGCGCACAAUCUGGGAUGGCGAGGAGACGUCUUAUUGCUUCAAAGAGAAGUCCAGGAGCGUCCUGAGGGAUUGGUACGCCAACAAUCCGUAUCCGUCGCCGCGCGAAAAGCGGGAAUUGGCGGAAAGCACCGGCCUUACCACCACGCAAGUCAGUAAUUGGUUCAAAAACAGGAGACAAAGAGAUCGUGCCGCCGAGCAUAGGCACACACUGCUUUGCAAUUUCAGUGGCCAGAGGGAGGAUAAAACUCACGGCGGAGGUCUCGGGGAUUCCAGCAGCGAGAGUGGCGACGAGACGAAGCGGCAAUCCGGCCAGCAGCAACAGCAACAACAGCCGUCUUCCUGCGCGGUUCAACAGCAACAGCAGCAGCAGCAACAAAUGGUGGACCAUCAGCAAACCUCUAGCAUGUACCAACUUCCGCCACCAGCUUCCGUCUCAGUUUCCAGUCCGCAUUCGUAUCACCAAGGCCACAGCUCGACCUUGAGCCAUCCACACAUGCAGCACCACGACACGAGUAGCGAAAGCGGCGACGAUAAGAGAAACCUCCAUCAUCAAUUACAGCAUCAUAUCCAGGUGGGCACUCACGGCGCCCAUGGUUUAGUCCAUCCUGCCGCCACCUUGCCACCACCACCGCCUAGCUGCGCUCAACAGAAAAGUCAGCUAGAUUACAUGCAAUACUAUCCACAGGACUAUCUAAUCGGAACGCCAACCUCCGCGGAUCUACAGAAGUCCUUACCGCACACUGCAACGUCGAUGCAGAUGGGUGCGAUCGCCCCUUCUAUGGGUGGAUUGAGCCCGAUGGGCCCCUCGACGAUGCUAUCCAACACCAUGCAAAGCGUCAACACCAUGAAUACCAUGUCGAUGAACGGCAUGGGCAUGGGCGCUUAUCAAGGCAUGGGCUCUAUGGGGAUGUCCACGUCGCAUGCGAGUUACCACAGCGGCCUCGUGCUGGGCGAAUACCAUUCGUUGUGACCUUGGGCCCCAAGUACUCAGAGCAAGAGGAGCCAAGAGAAGACUUAAUGCACAUCGGCGGAGCGCAAGACUUCCGAUUGAUCAAGGUACUCAAGUAGCUUGCCGAAAUUUGGAUCGGCAAUAAAUUAUUACUGUUGAAGAAAAAUAAAGACCUGCUGAAAUUCAUUUA